UCCCGCAUACGCCUGCCCCCUCUCUCUCUCCCACUUCGCUCCUCUUUCUUUCACUUCCUUCCUCUUCCCCUCCACUCUCGUCGGCGAGCACGGUAUCGGCGAACCCUAGCGGCCCCGCCAUGGACGCCGCGCCCGUUGCCAACCGCCUCAACAAGUUCCCCCUCGUCGCCGCCUCCCUCGAGACAAGAGGCCUCAUGAAGGAGCAAAUUCGUUCCUUCAACUAUUUCGUCACCAAAAAAAUGCAGAAGAUUGUGAUGGCAAAUAACCGCAUCGUAGCACCCCAAGACCCGUCCAUCUAUCUUAGAUACACUGCAGUGCAUCUCGAAAUUCCGUUUGCGUGUCCAUACUACAGCACUGAUAUUUUGACACCGCAAUUCUGCCGUCUUAAUGAUCGCACUUAUGCUGCCCCCAUAAGGGUUGAUGUUGAAUACACUACAUAUUUACGGGAUAAAACGCUGACGCUACGGGAGGAAAGUGCCACCAUUGGGUACAUGCCUAUUAUGCUCAGAAGCUGUUUUUGUGUUCUGAAUGGGAAGGAUGAAGAUGAACUAGCAAGAUAUGGCGAGUGCCCCCUUGAUCCUGGCGGCUACUUCAUUGUGAAAGGAAAUGAGAAGGUCAUUCUUAUACAAGAAGAAUUACCAAAGAAUCAUAUUAUUAUUGAGACCGAUCGUAAAGGAAGGGUGACUGCGUCGGUUAUGAGCAGUGCAGAUGGAAUAAAAAGCAAGACUCUAGUUGUCAUGGACAACAAAAAGAUCUAUCUAGAUUCGAAUCAAUUCACUAAGAUGAUUAUAAUGGUGGACGGGAAUGCAAUAGAUUCCUAUAUUGUUGUUUUGAAAGCAAUGGGAAUGGAAAGUGACCAAGAGGUUGUACAAAUGCUUGGACGAGAUCCAAGAUAUGGGGACUUACUAUUUUUAUCUAUUCAGGAAUGUGCCUCUGAGGGAAUAUAUACACAACAACAAGCUCUUCAGUACAUGGAUGGCAAGAUGAAGUAUCCACACCAAACAACUAUGAAGGUCCUACAUAAUCAUUUCCUUGCGCAUGUGCCGGUCAAGAAUGGGAACUUGCGAGCAAAGAGCAUAUACACUGGUGUAAUAUUAAGGCGCAUGAUGGAGACAGUCUUGAAUGCUGACACUUUUGAUGACAAGGAUUAUUUAGGAAAUAAGAGGCUGCAACUGUCUGGUGAACUAGUAUCCCUGCUCUUCGAGGAUCUGUUCAAAAGAAUGAAUUUGUUGGCUAUGGAUAUUAUGGGCAAAACUAUGAGCAACAAUACAAGUGAAGAUCGUGACGGAGUCCUGAAUUUUAAGCAGAUAAUAGAGAGGGUUUCUACCAUAACCUCUGGUAUGGAGUUGGCCAUUAACACAGGACAAUUUGGUAUGAGUAGAAAAGGUGUAUCACAGACGCUUUCUAGGCUAUCCUAUAUGGCAUCUUUAGGCUACAUGACACGCAUAUCACAAGAAUUAGAGAAGACCCGGAAAACAAAUGGGCCCCGUGCAAUGCACCCUAGUCAGUGGGGUAUGCUUUGCCCAUGCGAUACUCCCGAAGGAGAACUUUGUGGAUUGACAAAAAACUUAGCUUUGUUAACUCACAUUACAACAGAUCAAGAGGAUGAUGGCCCACUGACGAAGCUGUGUUAUACUUUGGGUGUGGAAGAUUUAUCAAUUUUAUCCACAGAAGAAGUUCACGCAUCAGACUCAUUUCUGAUCAUGUUCAAUGGAUCAAUACUGGGGAAACAUAGGCAACCUCAGAGAUUUGCUGAUAAUAUGAGAAAACUGCGUCGCUUAAGCUCAUCUUGGGACUUUGUAAGCAUUUUUGUAAAUCAGAAGCAGCGUUGCAUUCACAUUGCCUCUGAUGGCGGUCGCGUUUGUCGUCCACUUUUAAUCGCUGAUUUGGGAAUAUCAAGGGUCCAAGACCAUCAUAUGCAGGAACUGAGGGCUGGUCACCUCUCAUUUGACGAUUUUCUGCGUUUUGGGUUGAUUGAAUAUCUUGAUGUCAAUGAAGAGAACAAUGCAUUGAUUGCAUUGUAUGAGCAUGAGGAUCAAGAUGAUGUUCAGAGAAGCAGAAUCACACACAUUGAAAUAGAGCCCUUGACUAUAUUAGGGGUUGUGGCUGGGAUUAUUCCUUAUCCACACCAUAACCAAUCUACACGUAACACUUACCAGUGCGCAAUGGGUAAGCAAGCAAUGGGAAAUAUUGCGUAUAAUCAGUUGUCCCGGGCAGAUUCUCUACAAUAUUUAUUAGUGUACGCGCAACGUCCCCUGGUUACAACAAAAACAAUCGAGUUGGUUCAUCACUUGCCCCCUAUAGUUUACUACAUAUCUUUUCAGGUGGGAUAUGAUAAGCUUGGGGCUGGGCAGAAUGCAACUGUUGCUGUCAUGAGUGAUAGUGGAUAUGAUAUUGAAGAUGCAAUUGUAUUCAAUAAAUCAUCCCUUGAUCGAGGUUUUGGUCAUUGCAUAAGAAUGAAAAGGUACACGGUGGCAAUGCAGAAGUAUGGGAAUAAUAGGUCAGAAAAGAAUGUUAAACCAGAGAGAGAUAAAGAUGAUAUUUUGAAGAAGCAGAAUAUGCAGGUUUUGGAUAAAGAUGGGUAUGCCGAGCCAGGUCUAAUAAUCCGCGAUGGUGAUAUCUAUGUGAACAAGAAAACUCCCAAGAAUACUGCAAAAAGUCCUGGUGUUACAUCAACCGACAGGGACUAUGAAGACUCCCCAGCUAUUUACAAAGGUGAUGAUGAUGAGACAACUGUAGUUGAUCGUGUAAUACUUUCCUCAGAUAGUAAUGACAACUUGACCAUCAAGUGUAUUAUCCGUCACACUAGGAGGCCAGAGGUCGGUGACAAAUUUAGUAGCAGACAUGGACAGAAAGGUGUUUGUGGUACCAUUCUUCAGCAGGAAGACUUCUCCUUCUCUGAGAGAGGAAUAUGCCCUGAUUUAGUUAUGAAUCCCCAUGGAUUUCCAAGUGGUAUGACGGUAGGACAAAUGCUUGAACUUCUUGGCGGAAAGGCUGGUGCAUCAUGUGAGCAAUUUUAUUAUGGCAGUGCAUUUGGUGAACCAAGUGGUAAUGCUAAUAAAGUUGAAGACAUGAGCUAUACUCUUGUCAAGCAUGGCUUCAACUAUCAUGGAAAAGAUUUAUUGUACUCAGGCACUUUAGGCCACCCUCUUCAGGCAUAUAUCUUCAUGGGGCCAAUCUACUACCAGAAAUUGAAGCACAUGGUUCUUGAUAAGAUGCAUGCUCGAGCUUCUGGACCACGAGUUGCAUUGACCAGGCAACCUACUGGAGGGCGAAACAGCAAUAGAGGCCUGCGUCUUGGUGAGAUGGAGCGUGAUUGUUUAAUUGCGCAUGGUGCCAGUAUGGUGAUACUUGAACGUCUAUUACUGUCGAGUGAUCCAUAUCAAGCGCAGGUUUGCAGAAAAUGUGGUUUGUUAGGCUACUACAACCACAGACUCAAGACCUCCUUCUGUUCAUUUUGCAAAAGUGGAGAAAAUAUGCAGCAACUGAUGAUGCCCUAUGUUUGCAAGCUAUUGUUUCAGGAACUGACAGCGAUGAACGUCGUUCCAAGGUUAAAGCUAACCGAAGGAUAACUUGUAACGUGGUGCACCGAUGAUCUGGGAAGGAUAAUAGGAGCGUCUGAGGUGAAGUGAAGCCAUUCUGUUCUUGAAGCCUGAUGUGUUACGCUGGGUUGUUGUAAAAAAGAAUUUGCAUAUAUGUGAUGGGGAGUUCUUGUGUGAUAUAAAGAGGAAGUGAAAUAUGUUGUUGGUUC